AUGGAUACCGGUGUAUCAUCCAUCGUCAACGCGGUCAGGGUUGAAUUGGAUUUGCUGUGGAAGUUUAUCCCGUCCUCCAUGCCCGCAGGCUUCAAUAUCACGCGGCCAUUCAAGGUUCAAAUGAGCGAAAGAUUUGGGUGCGCUCUAUUGUGUCCAGAGCCCGGUAUGGGUGGACGUUUCGAGGAGCCAGAUACUGACCAAGAGUCAUCGAGCGACGAGGGCUCGCAGCUCUCGGAACCCGCUCCGCCCAAGAACAGCCGCGAGGAACCCAAAGACUGGGACUCUUCCUCCUCGGAGGCCACAUCGGACUCUCUAUCGCCAGAGGCUGUUCACGCCGAGGAGCUGCGGCGGGAGGAAAUUCGAAAAGGCAAAGCGAAGCAAACCCCUUCGCCCACUACCGAUGGCCCCUCACCGCCACCUCGCGGUGUAAACUCGCAAGGUCUCGCUCCCGGGUCAUCUGUGUUGCGGGAUGCGCUUGCGCCUGGAACCAAGAGGUUGAUCAACGAGGCGCUUGGCCACAUAGACGAUAUCGGGAUCGAAGUCAAGGCGGGGCACUACGACCUGAUUGCGUGGGAGGUCUGGGACUCCGAACAGGAUGCAUCCAUCAACCCCAAGCUAACAAGCUACGAUCAAUCAACCCCGCAGCCUCAGGAGGGCGAGAGCUCUUCAUCAGCACCAGAGCCGGGAUUGGGGUCAGAAUCCGGAUCCGGGUCGGAAUCAGGACCGGGGCCAGCCGAACCGCCGCCUCCCGGCUUUGUUGCCAGCGUCGAGAACGGGAGCGGCUCUCCUACUAAAGACAUGGGCGUCAAGACCCGCAACGCAGUCAUCCUCCCCGAACUGUGGGAAUUGGUGAUUGAGCCGGGCAUGCUCAUCUCCAUGGUUCUAUGGCCCUGGAAGAAGAAGAAGAAGAAGCCACCAGGCAACCCUAGUUCCUCCAACUCUGGCUGCGCCGCCUGGAACUGGCCGAGGAGCCUGGCAGAUUUUGCCACCGCCCCGGGCUUCGCCAAACACCCUCGUAGCCAGAGGCGUGGCGCCGAAGACGAGAAAGAGGCAGGUAUGCUACUUGCCGAAUCAUACGUGGGCGUCCUCUUGGGCGAAGCGCAGGCGAACCACGGCCUGCCAGAGGGAUUGCUCAGUUUCGCGGAUUUUGUACAGUGGGCGCUCAUCUAUCUCCGUCGCACGCUGUUCACCAUCGAGAAAGUGUGUCGUGUUCCAAAGCGACAACGGGUACCACUGACUGAGCAGACCUUCCUGAACCCCGAUGUGCGCCCCGAGAUGGCCGAGGUCAAAUCCGAUCGGAUAUCAAUGAUGGACGUGAAGCCUGAUGGCAUCGAGAAUAUGGCCCUUCCGAAAAGAGAUGUUGGCAUACGCGCGAAGAAACCCAAAGCGAGCGAAAGGGUCAGCAAAGGAGAUGGGAGUGUUGUUUUGAGCACGAACAACGCGUACACCGUCAGCAAGCUUCCUGCGAUCCCUGACCGGCUCCGCGCCGACAUCACAGCAUCUCAACAUGGAGACGUAUUUUCCGAUAGCGGCUACGCCGUGACGCUUACCCACACCCACGCCAUUGUGUGGCCUUACGCCUCAACGACGCCAUCGCCCGAGACCUUUACUUUUGCUCUUCCCUAUCCUUCGAAGAACCCCACCGAUCCCUUGCCACUUGCCUCGCUUGUGGCGCCAUCCGCAUCCUCGACCGAACCCGGUCUUGUAGUGGUGAUGCCCGUGAGUGGCCGGAUAACAUUCUGGGAAUCCAUCUCCUGUGCUGCCACAAUCGACUUGAUGCGCCAACAACGACAUGGCGUGGAAAACGUCCUUCAAGGCCUAUCCUCGGGCGAGCGCGUAAUACAGAUAUCAUCAGCCGAAUCUGCGGGCUUUGUCCUAGCCCUGAGUAGCGGUCGGCUGGUUCACAUGAUGGUGCGCGAUAGCCACGGGCGACCCGCUAUCUCGGUGCGCUUCCUCGACACCAGCCUCGGGGCUUCGCCCUCCGGCAUAUUCGGAAGCAUCCGACAUGCCCUUAGCCACACCACCGGUCGCGGCGACAUAGCGGCUGUUCGUGCAGAGCGCUCCAAUCGUGUUGGCGAGCGGAAUGUGGUCGCAGCAACCGUCAAGGGGAAGCUGGUUGCUUGGAGGUUCCAUCGAGGUGGCCGGUACGACAAGCUCGUCGAAGCCGAUGUGCGGGACGCCAUCGUGAACGCGUUCUACAACGCCGACGACUCCGCCGCCGAAUUCCCUGCCGAGUCUUUCGAGUUUAUCGAUUUUACCUAUGUUCCCAAGGGUCUCGAGUCCAGAUAUCGCGAUAUGAGCCGCCUGAGUGACGCGAUGGACUCUACCGACAAUAGCGUCCAGCACCUCUUAGCUGUGGUGAGCCUCACCAAGCGCUUCAGCUCCAAGUAUGCUCUAGUAGAAGUCAUCCUAUCUCCCCGCUCGACUGUCGUGGGAAUGGUUCGGCCUAUCUCCUGCUAUACCACCCCCGUCAGCACGAAACCUGCGGUCAAUGCCCUGCGACCUCGAAUCCACCUCCCUCGGCCUGCUCUAGUCGCCUUUGUCGUAUUUGACCGGGCCGCUGUCGUUGCGUCGAUUGCGAUACCGCCGCUAUCUCCCGAUUCCCAGCUCCAAGAAGAUAGUCAUGUAGCGCCAGACCUAUACGAGGACGUCGUUGACCUCCGCGACGACAAUAUUUUGGAAAUAAUAGGCUCAGGUUUCGAAGAGCCUCCUGCCGCCACGCUUCAUGACGAUUCCAGGACGCCUCGGCACAAGGCCAAGAAUCCAACAGCCGUCAUCAUGGUUCGAGGUGUCGGGAUGCUGCGCAUUGCGACGACAGAUGUGGACAAGUUUGCGAGUGAGAAAGCUCCCCGUGUUACCGCUAAAAGCAAGCUUGAGCAGGCCGUCUUUUAUGGCGUCAAGGCCGAUAACCCACUCUUGUUCGACGGCCGCAGAGAUGCCCAGUUUAGCCACGAGGAGCUGUCGCAGGCUGCGCUGCUUCUGAGCCAGGAAAUCCUGAGCUCGAGCAACCCUCACAUCGGUACCCUCCCAGUGUCUCUCGAAGAGAAUCUCAAGAGCCGGGGUCUUGCGCUCGAACGACUCAUUCAGUAUCUCGCCUUGACCAAUGUGCAAAUGGAGCGUCGUAUACGCUGGUCCCUUCUCUGGAACGCCGAGAAGAUGGCGGUCUCGGCCGCACUAUGGAAAAAGCAUGAAACUUUCCUUGCCCAGCGGCCCGUCGACAACAAGAAAACUCUCAUUACAGAGAUUGUCGAGUACAUCCAUGAGGACCAAAAGACGAACCCAAAUGCUGUCGUCGGCGAGGUGGACCGCGUCCGACACUGGUUCAUCAACGACGUCGGGAGGCUUGACAUCUUCGUCGCAUGGGCGUACGAAGUCAUCAAACACAUGUAUAAGGGCCAGACUCUUGACGAUAUUAGGCUCUCGUACCUCAUGGAGGAGGCCGUUAGCGUGAACGUGAUCACCCUCAAAGGCGGCAUCGAGUUCCGGUUAAAAAUCUCGCCCUCUAUGCCCUGGACCGGGUCCCAUUUUGUCUGCAACAACGCCAAGCGUCUGCUUGAGCUAUGCCAUCAGUGGCUACAGCAGUUUUACCCCGUCCGGGAAGACCUUCGCCAGUCUUCUUCGCGUCGACCCUCUGCCUCCAUUCUCGCCGAGAUCGUCGCAGAUCUACCGGCUCUUACUGACCAGUACCUACUUUCCGUACUGGAGCAGUCUCGCUGGGCCUCGAGCACAACCGACGCGAAAAAGCUCCAGUGGGCUCACGUCUGCGCCGAGGCAUACGAGUCGUCGCGCUAUGAAAAGGUUCUUGCUCUUGAAUCUCUCGAACUCUGGGCUCAGGCCAUGGUCAUUGCGGAGAAGCACAGGUGCUGGCCAGCACUUUCUGAUGUGCUCAUUGUCCAAAUUAAAGCCCUUGUUACAAAGGCCGAAGACCCCACGGUAGCCGCGGAGUCGUCAGACGUGCUGAUGGCCCAAGCAGAGACGCUUAGAGAUCGCCUCAAAGGAUACUUCGACAGGUACGGCCAGGACUUCGCUUUCGCCGCUUAUGACACGUUGCUUGCGAAGGACGGAGCGGAGAGCGUCCUGGACUUCGACGGAGAUGACCACGGCUACAAAACACAGUAUUUGCGAAGCAACCCGUCGUUGGCCAAGAUCUCGUGGAUCCAUGACCUUGAGGAGGAGAAGGACCUUUCCCAUGCGGCGCACACCUUGCUGGACCUCGGAUUGUCGAAAGAGUCGCUCUCAUGGAAUAAGAAGAUUGAGCUUAGCCUCGGCAAACUGGCCCUCAUGGCCAGCGACGCCAACCUCAGCCGGGACUACACAUCACUCUCAACAAGUGCCAAAGUCAGCCCCGAAAGCGCCACAGAAGCUCAACUUUUCAAGGUUGAUAGCGAGUUAGAGAUCAUCAAGAUCCAGGACGCCUUGUUUUCCCACGUCUACGCCACGGUGGAGACGGCUGUCGAUGACGCCGCCGAACUUGAGCUGGCCAUGGAGACGCACGCGCCUGACAUGCCCAAGAAGUACAAGAUUUUCCACCAGCUCGUCGAAACUGGCAUACGUCGACUUCUCAAGCACGAGGUCCUCGACCCGCUCACACUCAUCGACGUGUUGACCUUGGCUAGGUUUGACGAGGCGUCGGACAUUGGCCAGGAACGCUUCUUCCUAGCACUUUGCGUGGCCCAUCUUGCCCUUAGCGGAGAGGAGUAUAAGCAGACGCGGAGGCUCAUUUGGAGGAGGUGUUAUAUCCGCGAUGACUGGGUCAAGAUCAACGACACCCAGCGCAAGGCCGACGUUGAGGUUGCCACUGUUAUCGCCAACACCACCCUCUUCAACACCUGCGCGGCUUGUUUCGGAAACUAUCAAGAUCUCAAUGAGCACUUCAAGUCUCUCAACCCCUCUGAGUGUCUCCAUGUCUACUCCAACGAAUUCGAUCGCCGAUUCAAGGAUGUGGACAAGAGCUUCCAAGAUAAGCUUGUGGAUGCCAUGAAAUGGGAGGAUGUGCAACUGCGCAGAUAUCUCGACAAAAGCCGUCUUGUGGAGUGGGCGCAAAGCACAGAGAGGGAAGCUCGCGACAUGGUUAACGGCCUUCUCGAUGACACCCUCGCUAAGAAGCUUGCGGCCACCCGAGUACACGUCGAGGGUGAUGCCGACGAUGACAGCUCCAUGCUGGACGCAAACGGCUCCGCCAUGAUGUGA